AUAACAGACAAGAAGCAGAAGAAAAAAAAAAGAAGAUAACAGACAAGAAGCAGAAGAAAAAAAAAAAAGAAGAUAACAGACAAGAAGCAGAAGAAAAGAAAAGAAGAUAACAGACAAGAAGCAGAAGAAAAAAAAGAAGAUAACAGACAAGAAGCAGAAGAAAAAAAAAAGAAGAUAACAGACAAGAAGCAGAAAAAAAAGAAAAGAAACAAAAACAAGAAAAAAAACAAGAAAAAAAUGGCCAAACUAUCACUCCUGCUCCCGACUCUGCUGGCGAUGACGAUGACUAUAACGACGACCUCCUGCUCGGCCUCCCGCGUGCUGCCCUUGACCUCUGACCCUCCGAGGGCGUCCUACAAGAUCCUGAUGCUGCUGCCCUUGUCCUCCCGCAGCCACAGGACCAUCUUCUUGACCCUGGCGAGGGCACUGGCGGACCGAGGUCAUAAGGUCGAACUCCUGGUGAACCACGAACCGACCACGCCUUACCCGAACGUCACCGAGAUCUACCACGGCCUCGACCACUUCAAGGAGGAGAAAUUCCGCCUGUUUUCCUCCCGCGAGCGCCCCUGGGAGAUAUUUCGCCUUCUGCGGGAGGGUCUUCCAGCGAUGACUCGGGACCUGUAUCGAAAUCCUGCUGUGUGGGAUUUGUACCUCAGGAGGACGCAGUUCGAUGUGGUUUUCAUUGAUAAUUUUUAUAAUCAGAUGGCCUACCCCUUCGCGCAGGGCCUCCCCUACAUAUCCGUCUCGGCCUCGGGGAUGGAUCACACGCAGAGCUCUCUCCUCGGCAACGUCCUCAAUCCUGCCUACGUGACUGCUAUCCCCGUGGAGUUCCCUCAGCCCUUGAGUUUCUUCCAUCGCGUGCUCAACUUGGCGGUUCAUCUCUGCAGUGGAUUUAUACGUUAUUAUGUGAUAUUGCCGAGUAUUCAGCGAGAGAUCACGGCCAUCUUCCCCGAGGUGCCGCCGCUGGCAGAGCUCGAGAGGAACCUGAGCCUGGCACUGUACAACUCCCACUUCGCGAUGGGCCGCGUCCUGCCCCUCUUGCCCUCGCAGGUGGAGAUCGGCACCAUGCAUUGCCGCCCGGGGUCCCCCUUGCCGCAGGACCUGACGGAGUGGAUCGAGAGCGCGGGGGCAGCCGGGGUCGUGUACUUCAGCCUGGGCACCGUCGCCCUCGGGAACACCAUGCCCGAGCGGUGGCGGGACCUGUUCGUGCGGGCCUUCAGGAGGCUGCCUCAGAGGGUGGUGUGGAAGUACGAGGGCGAGCUGGAGGGCGUCUCAGAGAACGUGCUCAUCCGAGGGUGGCUUCCCCAGCAGGAUAUCUUGGCACACCCAAACGUCAAGGUCUUCAUCACCCACGGGGGAAUGCUGAGCACCCAGGAGGCCAUGUACCACGCCACGCCCAUGCUGCUGCUCCCGAUCUUCGCCGACCAGCCGAGGAACGCCCACGUGGCUCAGGAAGGCGGCGUCGGGCUCAUGCUGGGCUGGGGCGACCUGUCCGUCCAGCUGAUCGUCGACGCCGUGGGGAGGCUGGUGGCUGAUGGGAGAUACAAGGCCAACAUUCAGGCAGUAUCCUCAGCACUGAAGGACCAACCGGAGACCCCACUAGAACGUGCCGUGUUCUGGACUGAGUACGUGAUCCGACACCAGGGAGCUCCCCGUCUCAAGUCCCCUGCGGCCGAACUCUCUUGGAUGGAAUACUUCAUGAUUGACAUAAUCUUGCUGGUUCACUUGUUAGUCAUUGCUUUCUACCUCCUCUGCUGUCAUGCCUCCAGGUUCCUGUGUCGGAAGGUUCUCCCUCAAAAUAAGACAAGGAGGAAAUGCGAAUGAUAUGAUUAUCUAUUCCUUUACUUUAUUAUUAUUAUUAUUAUUAUUUAAGUAGCUUUGGUUUUGAUAUGAAAUAAAAAAAACUUAUUUUACUAUAAUGCAUCAUCAUUUGUCUUACAUCAUUCUUUUUCGUGUGUGAUAUCUGUUUCCUGACAUGAUUCAGCUAUGAAAGAGGUUGAUUUUUUUUUGCAAUAUUAAACGAGCAAAGACAUUCAUAAAUAUAAACUCAUGUCACCCAGCACCCUGUCUUUUUACAAUCUGAGCAGGUCAUGGAUAUAUGCACCAUCCAUGACACAUCCUAUGCCAACUUUCCACUAUUUGUAUUGUAGACUUGAAAGAUAGGAUAUAGACAAUAAUCUGAAAAAACGUAUUAUGACAAUGAGGCUGAACAGGAAGUAAAAUAAACUAUAUGAGGUCUUUGGCCAAAAAGGGGGAAAGAAAUAUACAUAUAUAUAUAAAUUUAGGAAUGUGUUUAUUUUUGGUGAAAUUGAACGUCACUAUACAAUAGAAAAAUGAAAAUACAUUACACAUUUUCAACUAACACAGUAUCAAAGCUACUGAUAUGUAGCUUCCUUACAAAAAAUAUAGAGUUUCAUAUAAGAAAAUGUACAUUUGUAUUUACAAACAUCUUAUUUUGACCCAAUUCACAGUAUUUUCUAAUUCAUCCCACUACACAAAACAUUCCAGAUAGUUAUCAAAACUAUACAAUUUGUGCUCAACUUUGUGCUAAAAUACAGUGUAAUAUUGCCUUGAACCGUCUUCUCCUACAAACUUUAAACUGACAGGAAAUACAGUUCUCUUUUGCCUACAAGAUAUGAAAAC